AUGAUGGAUAACCGCUUUGCUACAGCGCUGGUGAUCGCUUGUGUUCUCAGCCUCAUCUCCACCAUCUACAUGGCAGCUUCCAUUGGCACUGACUUUUGGUACGAGUACCACACCCUGUCCCCAGCUGAGAACAUCAGUGAAGCUGGCAGGGUCAUCUGGGAGGAGUUUGUCAGCGAGGAGGCAGAUGAGAAGACCUACACGGACGCGCUGUUCCGCUGCAACGGCACGGUGGGAUUGUGGAGGAGGUGUAUCACUGUCCCCAAAAACCCUCACUGGUACAGCCCGCCAGAAACUGAUAUGACUACAAACUGCAUCAGUUUUUCCCUCUCAGAUCAGUUUAUGGAGAAGUACAUAGAGCCUGGAAACCACAACAGUGGCACAGAUUUGAAUCGGACUUAUCUCUGGCGGCUGCAGUUCCUCCUGCCUUUUGUCAGCCUUGGCCUCAUGUGCUUUGGGGCUCUGAUCGGGCUCUGUGCCUGUGCCUGUCGCAGCCUUUACCCUGCCAUUGCCACAGGAGUCCUCCAUUUCCUAGCAGGGCUCUGCACCCUGGGCCUGGUCGGCUGCUACGUCGCUGGGAUUGAGCUGCUCCAUCAGAAGCUGCCCCUGCCCGAGGACGUGAGGGGUGAAUUCGGGUGGUCCUUCUGCCUGGCCUGUGUCUCAGCACCUCUGCAGUUCAUGGCAGCUGCUCUCUUCAUCUGGGCAGCUCGCACCAACAGAAAGGAGUUCACGCUUUUGAAGGCGUACCGUGUAGCAUAAGUGCUGCUGCUGAAGCUGUUUGGUUUCUAUGUUGUAGCCUUCUCUGCCCCCAACCCUUACCACUUUCCCUUUUUAGCUCCCAUUUUACCUUCUACUGCCUGCUUCUUGCCACUUGAGACGAUUUAGCCUGCAGGCCCUGAAGACAAAGACCUCUGGGCUAAACGACCGAACUCUGCCAGAAGUCUGCA